AUGGCAGAGAGCGAGGACGAGGCGCUGGCCCAGAGCGACGGCCACCACUGGAAGAGGAGCACCUUCGACCGGCUGGGCUUCCCCCACGCCCUGCUGGAGAAGAGCCUGUCCGUCCAGACCAACCUGGCCUCGCCCGAGCCUUACCUACACCCCUCGCAGUCGGAGGACCUGGGCGCCUGUGCCCAGUUUGAGGCGAGCAGGAACGCCCGCAACAUGAUGCCCAGCGCCAGCUGCGGCGUCUUCCCCGAGUUCACGCUGCGCAAGCCGUCCUCGGAGACCGACAUCGAGAACUGGGCGUCCAAGCACUUCAACAAACACACUCAGGGCCUGUUCCGGAGGAAGGUGUCCAUCGCCAACAUGCUGGCGUGGAGCAGCGAGCCCAUCAAGAAGCCCAUGAUCGUGACGUCGGACCGCAUGGUGAAGAAGGAGGCGGUGGAGAUCUUCAAGCUGGUGCAGACCUACAUGGGGGACCGGCGCUCCAAGAUCCACCCCCUCACCGUGGCCCUGGAGGUGGCGGUGCGCGGCUGGAGCAGCCAGGGCUUGCGCGACGAGCUCUACAUCCAGCUGUGCCGCCAGACCACGGAGAACUUCCGCUACGACAGCCUGGAGCGCGGCUGGGAGCUCAUGGCCGUGUGCCUGGCCUUCUUCCCCCCCACGCCCCGCUUCCACUCCUACCUGGAGGGCUACAUCUACAGGCACAUGGACCCCCUCAACGACACCAAGGGAGUGGCCAUCAGCAGCUAUGCCAAAUACUGCUACAGGAAAUUACAGAAGGCUGCUUUAACCGGAGCUAAGAAGGGUCUCCAGAAGCCCUGCCUGGAGGAGAUCAAGCACGCCAGGAACGCCAUCUUCAGCCCCUCCAUGUUCGGCUCCUCCCUGGAGGAAGUGAUGUCGCUGCAGAAGGAGCGCUACCCGGACCGGCAGCUGCCCUGGGUGCAGACCCGCCUGUCAGAGGAGGUGCUGGGCCUCAAUGGGGACCAGACGGAGGGCAUCUUCAGGGUUCCCGGCGACAUCGACGAGGUCAACGCCCUCAAGCUCCAGGUGGACCAAUGGAAAAUCCCCACCGGACUGGAGGACCCACACAUCCCAGCGUCUCUCCUGAAGCUGUGGUACCGGGAGCUGGAGGAGCCUCUGAUCCCUCAUGAGUUCUACGAGGAGUGCAUCACCCACUACGACAGCCCCGAGGCGGCGGUCAACGUGGUGCUGGGCCUGCCUCACAUCAACAAGCUGGUUCUGUGUUACCUCAUCCGCUUCCUCCAGGUGUUCGCCCAGCCUGCCAACGUGGUGAUCACCAAGAUGGACGUGAACAACCUGGCCAUGGUCAUGGCCCCCAACUGCCUGCGCUGCCAGUCGGACGACCCCCGGAUCAUCUUCGAGAACACGCGCAAGGAGAUGUCCUUCAUCCGCGUGCUGGUCCAGCGCCUGGACACCAGCUUCAUGGACGGCAUGCUAUAGCCCCGCCGAGCACACACACGCAGACACAUACACACACACACAGUCCCCGUGCACUCCCUCUCCCCGUACAUGGUAUCGCACCCCGAGACAUACCCGCACACGCGAACGCUAAGCUCACAGAGGAACGCGUGCAUACGGUGUCAACCAAACGCACGCGGGCGUCCCCGUGUCGCGUCCCCAUGUCACUUCCCUCUCAGCGUGACAGGCCCCUGGAUGUUCAGGAAGGGGGCCGAGAAAAAUCCGCGGAAGAGAAAAAAAUAUCCAAACGACAUGCAUAUAUGACUCGUAUGCACGAUUCAAAUGUACUCGAUUACGGGGAAGCGCGUGUGGGAGGGAGAGGCAUGCAAAUCCAUGAAAACAAGAAAAAUAGAUAAGCAGGUGGAGGCUGACCUGCAAUGUGGACCAUGAACAGGGCCCAGUCCUCUGGCUCAGCAGCCUCCCCCCCCCUCCCUUCCUCCUCGUGUUAGCCCCUCCCCCGAAACGAGGCCAGCGAGGAGUUUGGCUUCAGCUGGUCCUGAAGGUCGCGAUGCCCGAGCACCAGAAAAACGCCCCCUUCCUCCACCAAGAACCCCCAGGAACCGAACCCGACUACUCCCCCCCCCCCCUCCAAUUCCUGUUGGUGGUAGAGAAUCCGUUGGUCUGCAGAUCUGUUGUGAGCUCCGAGCUGCCGUAGAAGAGCCGACGGUCUCUGCUGUGGUUUGGAACCGUGGGGGGGCGGGCGGGGGGGGGGGGCUUACUGUAGAGGGGAUCACAGAAGCACUGCCAACUGGGAUCUGUCUCAGGAAGUGAUGUCAGACACCGUGCCACAGCUACACCGGGACUUCCUUAAAAGACCCCUCCAGAACUGUCGAUUCACCCCCUGCACCCCAAUCUGUAGUUGUCACCCCACCACCACCACCACCUGCACCCUGGAGACCAACAACCACACAACCUCUACCCCGGCCCCCAAACUCCCCACGAACCUCCAUGGUCCCUGACUCACACCUUUGUACUCUCACAUUACUACAAGUUGUGAAUGUGUCUUUAAAAAGAGCUCCGUCCACCCUGUCUGUCUGUGUUGUGGACAAAUGUUUCGUGUCACACGUUCAGAGACCGAGACACGUUUGAUUUUGUAUCGUCCCAGAACAAUUGUUUUCUUUGUUCGUUUGUUUUUGACAAAUCGCGUGUGUUUGUUUGUAUGUAACAGAGUUCUAACAUGGUUUAACCCACCGUUUUCAUUUUUUUUUUUUAUAUAUGAUUUAAUUUAUUUCUAUUUAUUCGAGCAAAUAUUUCUUAAUGCCUUUUUUAGACUGUAUAGUUCAACAUUCAGCGUGGCUUUAUUCUCUUUUUACGUUUGAACACAUACGUGUGCGUGCGUACGUGCUCGAGUGCGUGCGUGUUUCCGAACACUGUAGUGCACCUACUGUACAUCACAUGUUCCUCCGCACAUACAUGUUGAUAUGUGACUCUGUAAUGUACGUACGUCUGAGACGGAAGUCCUGCUGUACGACAUCGAUUCCAUCGUUCUGAGACGCGUCGAAUGGACGGUUGUCAAAGCCUCGACUCUCUUAAACCUAUAAACACCUUCUUUCACACACACAUACACACACACACACACACACUGUCCUGACAUUAUCUCACGCUUUACAAAAGCUAGCAUCGUUUUUUUUAUUCACACAGCGCAAGUAUGGUACGAAUGUGUUUUAGGGUUUUUUUUGUGUAUUUUUUUUCCAUUUGGAUGUCAUGCUAGGAGUGCUGAAGCAAAGGAAUGUGGGAGAAGGUUAGGGAGUAAAGGGGGGGGGGGGGAGAUUGUGUGCCAUGCUAAUUCACUCCACCCUGCUACUCUCACACUCACCACACACGGCAUUGGCCACUUGUACAUCAAGGCACUGUACAGAUUAGUGUGCAAAAACAAGUUCAGACUAGUGAAAAGAGCCUCAUACGAUUCAAGGGUGACCGCAGUGCAAAUGUAUUGUAACAACAGGGUGUUCUGUUUUAGUUCUUUUUGAAAGGUAAGAAAGGUAUUUCUUGAGUAGAGUUACAGAAUGUUUGGGCCAUCCACAUUUGCUAUAGUGAAGUGUUUCCCCACCAAACGAUUCAAAACCUUUUGGCCCCUUAAGAGCUGAAUCCACAUCUAAAAUCACUAAUUCUGGGCUUGGGAAACAAGUGUAAAAUACAGUGUGUUGUGACGUUUGUGUGUGUGUAUGUGUGCGUGUGUGCAAGGCUGUGUUUGUGUGUGUGUGUGUGUGUUUGUCUAAGAGAUGGUAGUAGAUAGAAUAGAAUGCAGUUAUGUCAUGCUUUGACCCAGCAAAUUGACCAAUCAGCAUGCAGAACUAGGGUCUUCACUCUUUUUAAACAUACUUUUACGAAAGCAAAACAUGAAACUAGAUACUUACAGAACAGAUACUUACAGAAUGAAUUUACAAAACCCAGAGUUGUUGCAGUAUUUAGCUUUAAAAGUUUCAACUGAGAAAAGAUUGCUCUUUUUUUUAUUUUACUAAUUUCUUGAUUCCUGUUUUGGUUUGUUUCAACAGAUGUUCUCUUACAUUCAGUGUACAUACUGUUCUUAUAAUUAUUAAUGUAAUUAAUAUGACUGAAGUUGAACAUAAGGUGAGAGGCAGCUGCUAUUUGUUCUGUGCUCUUCACAACGGCAUCCUUUUUUUCCAUCUUAACGUCCACUGUGUCACUCACGCUGUUGAAGAGAAGACUUGUUAAGAGAAAUGGACAUUGUUUAAUAAAUGAUGAAAAUACGAAACAUGUUUUGGUGUUUAUUGAUAAUUCACUGAAUCGUAUGACAGACAUUAAUUUACGUCGUCCAAGGGUCUGAGGCCACUGAAUGAUUUGUUGAACAAACAGAAUGAAUCUGAAUCUAGUUCAGAUUCAGAGUCAAGUACAAAAAGAACACCUUUCAGUAUAUUGGUCCUGAAUUGUCUAAUAUUCGAUAGUUUUCAAUCCACUUGACUUAUUGUUUGUAGUUAUUAAACAAGCACAGUACUGGACGAGCACACGCACACACAUCCAUUAUUACUAAAUAUUUAAAUCAAUGUUAUAAUUUUUUUAAUUAAUAGUUCAGUCCGUCUACUGAGACUGUGUAAGCAAUCAAGAUACUGAAAGAACGGAAAAAUAAGACACAUUUUUCUGACAAUCCCAACAAACAGCCUGAACGUUCACCUUCAUGGAGUAAUGGUCAGGUGCUCAGUUUAGAUUUGAAACCAGUGUAGGUGUGUCUUGGCUGCAGCAAAAUCAACCCUCUACUUUUUUAUCCACAUAUUAAGUAUUACCGACUGAAGUAUUUUAUGAAGUAGGCAAAGUUGUCUUUGACUGAGAUUAGACCUCAAAUAGGUUAUUUUAUGUAAGAGAUGCAAUACAUGAGAAAUCAUAUCUUUUUAAAGGAUAGAUUGUCAAACAGACAAGUUGUAACUGUAAUUGUAACUUUUGUAGAAAGGUAAAGGCAUUCUUUUUUUGAAGUUUUCUUUAAUAAAGUAUUUUACCAACUAUUCACUCAUAAAGGUGUCAGACAGGAACCUAAAAUGGAUCCAUCAGAAACAUGCAGGUUUUCACUGAACAUUAUAGUCAUGUCUCAAAGGAAGGGUAGGCCAGCUAGCUAUUGUAGCUUCUGUUUGACACAAUUCAACCCAAAAUAACUCACCCCCUCCCUU